AGAUGUAUAGACAGAGGGAUAGAAGGUAAACAAGGAACAGACUUGUGUCAGGAGACGCACGCCAAAUGUUUUGAUUUACGGCAUGCACUUUAGCCGGGUGUUUAGACUCAUUUUACACACACCAGCCAGCAGUUGAGACUCGCAGCACCCGCUGCAAGUGUUUAGACUCACGAAGCUUUUCGCCAAGUACUUAAACUGGAGACAUUACGUGGCUCGGCUUCCAUCACACGCCAGUUUUAACAAUACACCAUGGCAAAAACAACUGAAAAAGAAUUCAAGUUAGAACCAGACUGUGAACUCCGGUUUGAAGUCGAAGGAAAGAAGGAAACGGUUGACUUGAAGUUAAUGAAUGGCAAAGCAGAAGUGUUUGGAACAGAGUUGGCUCCAGACAAACCCUAUACUUUCUUCUCUGGUGCUAAAGUUGCAGUGUACACUUGGCAUGGUUGUACUCUAAAGAUCACAGGAAAUACAGAAGGAACCUACAUUGCAAAAGAAACUCCAAUGGUUAUGUACUUGAAUACACAUGCGUGUUUAGAGCGAUUGCGAAAACAUGCGGAUGAAGGAUUGAAUCGUGGAGAAGACACUAGAGGGCCUGUUACGAUGAUUGUGGGGCCGGGAGAUGUAGGAAAAUCAACUCUGUGUCGCAUCCUUCUAAACUAUGCUGUACGUAUGGGACGCAGACCGAUCUUUGUGGAUUUAGAUGUCGGUCAAGGAUCUAUUGCCAUCCCAGGUACUAUAGGGUCACUACUGGUAGAGCGUGCUGCCUCGGUGGGUGAAGGGUUUUCUCAAGAAGCACCCUUGGUCUACAACUUUGGACACUUGGCUCCACUUUCCAACUUAACAUUAUACAACAUCUUGGUUUCCAGGAUGGCAGCCACAGUUCAAGACAAAAUGGUUGGCAAUAGAAAAGUAGCAGCUUCUGGUGUGGUCAUCAACACUUGUGGGUGGGUCAAAGAUGAAGGUUACAAGAGCUUAACACAUGUUGCUCAGGCAUUUGAAGUUGAUGUUAUUAUUGUACUCGACCAAGAGAGAUUGUACAAUGAACUCGUCCGAGAUAUUCCUUUCAUCAAAAUUGUCUUCCUGCCAAAGAGUGGAGGGGUUGUUGAGAGAACCCCGCCCAUGAGAGCUUCUGCUCGAGAUGAUCGUAUCCGUGAGUAUUACUAUGGUCUUCACACCAAGUAUCACCCACAUAGCUUUGAAGUGAAAAUGAGUCACCUUACAAUAUACAAGAUUGGUGCACCAGCGUUACCAGAUUCCUGCAUGCCGGCAGACAUGAAAGUUGACGACCACAUGACUAAACUUGUGCCAGUGGAACCAGGUGUAAAGCUGAAACACCAUAUGCUGGCUGUCAGUCUGGCAACUGAACCUGAGGAUCUUUUGACCUCCAAUGUUGCUGGAUUUAUCUGUGUUUUGGAUGUUGACGAGGAGAGCAGGAUGGUGAAGGUAUUGUCUCCACAACCAAAACCACUGCCCAAAACCAUAUUCAUUUUAACUGAAAUCCAGUUCAUGGAUUCUAAUUAGGGUUGUAAUUUGCUAAACAGUAAUACAUUAAUAAUAGCUUUG